CUUUAUUGUACAUUAAUACCAAUCCAUCCGGAGUUGCUGAAUAGUCUUUCGUAAGGAGAGUAGUAAGAUUCUCUACUCAUCAAAUAAUUAAGUUCUUAGACUCCAGUUAACAUCUGCUUAGUAAGAUGAAGCUGCUCCUGGCCUUAUACCUUUUGUCUUUCUUUUUCUACUCAGUGUCCAUGUUGCAAUGUUUGAAAUGCAAAAGUAAAUCAGAUCAGUGUAUCGACACACUUACACAACAAUGCGGCCCAGAUGAAAUAUGUGGUUCUGCUGCAUUCAGUAUAAAUUUAGCAGAACAAAAUGAGAAUAAAACUGAAGUAAUUCGGGAAUGUGUUAAACAAGAGGUAUGCGAUCAACAAGACGCAGUUGGCAAAGAUGUUUUUACCACAAUAAAUGGUGAAAUGGGAAAUGGCUCAUUUUACUGGUCCUGUUGUGAGUCUGAUAACUGCAACAACAUUACCAUAACAUUCCCUGAACCAGACACUAAGCCAAAUGGUCUGAAAUGUCUAACCUGCAAUAGCUACACAGACAGAUUUUGCAACUCUACCGUGCCAUGUGUGGGAAAUCAGGAUCACUGUUUGACAUUCAAAGCUUCAUUUUUCUCUCUUCAACUGGAUCGUCCCAUGGGGUGCAUCUCUAAAUCUUUAUGUGGUGUAGCUGAGAGCAUUUUUGAUCAAUUUAAAUGCUGUUCGGCAAACUUGUGUAAAAAGAUACCCAGUCUGGAUCAGAUUAUAUCAGAAUUUGCAAAAAACAAUUAAACUAACAUAAUUAACCAAACAAUUUUUUUCCCGCUUACUCCUAAAUUUAACAAGUAUUUUAUGUUUGGUUUAAUUAAGCAUGUCAUACCUAAAGCAUAGGACUGAAGGUCAAGCAUCAUAUUUAGUCCUUUAAAUACAAUAUAUGUGCUUAAAACGGCAUUGAAAUAUGUGUGUUGAUUUGAUGCUUAAAAGUGUUUCCAUUACCAGACAGCAAAAUAUGAAAUACAAUGUUCUGUUGUUGUGGCAUUUGAUGCGUAAAGCAUAUUUAAUUUAAACCUUUAAAAGACACACAAUAAAACCCUUUGUGAUUUUUUUGGAUGAAUUCUGGGAUAUUA